UCCGUGCGGAGUGAAGUCACGUGUAGGCAGUCGGUUGAGCGGCGCUCGGUUCCGUCUAAACAGACCGAGAGUCCGGGUGCUAGUCUCGUCCGUACAUGACCGCCUGCUGGGAGCCGCAGCGAUUCAUGUUGUUUCCGAGUCGCCCGCUCUUUUAAAACUGACCUUUCCGUCGAAGGAUGAGCGACAACGACGACAUCGAAGUCGACAGCGACGAAGAUUCGCCGAGAUAUCACUCUGUGGCAGACAAACGGGCACACCACAAUGCGCUGGAGCGCAAGCGUAGGGACCACAUCAAAGACAGCUUUCACAGCCUCCGGGACUCCGUGCCGGCCUUGCAAGGGGAAAAGCAAUCUAUCAAACAGGCGUCCCGAGCUCAAAUCUUAGACAAAGCCACAGAAUACAUCCAGUACAUGAGAAGGAAAAACCAUACCCACCAGCAGGACAUCGACGACCUGAAGAGGCAGAACGCACUGCUAGAGCAGCAAGUGCGUGCACUGGAGAAAGUAAAGGGCUCGACCCAGCUCCAAGCCAGCUACUCCUCGUCCGACAGCAGCCUGUACACCAACCCCAAGGGCAGCGCCGUGUCGGCCUUCGACGGAGGCUCCGACUCCAGCUCCGAAUCCGAGUCCGAGGAGCCCCCCAACAGGAAAAAGCUGCGCGUGGAGGCCAGCUAGAGAUGGCACAGCUAACCCUCUGGUGGGCAGGCAGCAGAUAGGUGCUGGGAGUGUGGGGGAGGGGGGGCACAGCCUUUUAAAGCUCUCUAACUCCUCCCACCAACCUUAUACCCAUGUCCCACAUCCCUCUCAUCGUCAUCAUCCUCCUCCUCUAGCCCGUCUGAGUGGGUUCGCACUGGAGACUUGUCAUCAUGAACCCCGCCACAGCCGUCUCUCCAUGAAACCUUGGAGGGGGGGGGGGGGGCUCUGUAUUUGCAUCUCUCUCUCUCUCAUUCUUCCCCUUGUUCUUUGACAACUCCCCCGCCCCCUCCCCCCGCUACAUCAACAAUCCAAAACACGAGGCAGCUUGGCUACUUAUGGACUUGAUGCUUUUUGUACCUUCAAUAAAAGUCCCCUCUCCCUCGCUUCAUUGGGGGGGAGGGGCGAGCCAGGCCCUCCAAGCACUGCUAUAUAUCUGGUGUUUUGUUUUUUUUUGUGAUUAUUCUUGAUAAAAAAAAAACCUGUUUAGAAUUUACACACAUGCCUAGUCGAUACGUCCUGAAGAAGUUUACCUUUUUAAAAGAAACAAAACAUUUCUAGCCUACUUUUCCACGACCGAAUGUGAAGUCGCUUUGAGAGCAAACGUUAAAAUGAUACCCACCUCAGGCCCACUGGAUUGCAGAUGUUUUCCAUUUUGACACUCGUUUGUUAAAAACCAGAGACAAAAAAAAACACCUAUUAACUCCUUGUGUUGGGAAUUGUUUUGAGAAAAGGUGAAAAUUCAUGAACUUGUUAUUGUACUUUGUCCUUUUAGCUUGAACUAGUGAAUGACUUUAGGUGGCUGAAUAUGUUAGGCAUCUCGGUUUUUAUAUAUUAUAAAGCAUUAAUUGGAUGUUUCCGACUUCUCUAAAGUAUGUUAUGCAUUUUGUAGUAUCCUCACAAAUUAUAGGAAAAUGCCAAUUUGUCACUUGUAGUUUUCCGUAAGGAUAUGAACUAGGUAUUGAAUGUCAAAAGGUAGCUCCCGUUUCUCUCUUCCAGAACGAGAGGGAAGUCUGUUUAAUGUGUUGUGCUUUACACAGUAAAAUUUUUAAUGUUGCUGAAUCCCCCCCCCCUUCCAGGCAAAAAGGAAGCAUUUUGCGUGUCUAGGAAAUUGUGUGUGUGUGUGUGUGUGUGUGUGUGAGUGCGUGUGUGUGUGUGUGUGUGUGUGUAUAUAUAUAUAUAUAUCGUUCCCAUUUUAUUUCCAUUUAGGAUAUUAUUAGUGUAAUAGGUCUUUGUCCGAUUCCAUUCCAUGGAAAUUACAGGUAUGUUGUACAUACUGCCAACAAUUGUCUUGCAAGUUGAGGCCUACCUUUACUAUGAGACUAUAAAAUAAACUAUUUUAUCCUUUAAAACUG